AUGAAUCAGCAUAGAAUUGAAAGUUUCUUAAUACAAGAAAACUUGUUAUUAGAUAUUCUUUUUGAAUCUGCCACAUUUUACAAUGGUGAUAAUAUCAGACUAGUACUACGACUAAAACAUUUAGGUACUAAGAAUAAAUUAGACCUAUUAAAAGAUGAAUAUGCAAACAUAACAAACGAAAUAAAUGAGUUAAAAAAGCAAGAUUCUAAAGGUCAAUUUAUUGAUAUUGACGACAAUAACGAUAUUAAAAUGACAGAAGGAGGAGAAAAAGAAAAAAGUAGCUUUAAUAGUGAUAGCUUUUCUUUAAGUUCAUUUAUAACGUCCAGGUUUAAAGAUAGCAAUAAAUUAGAAGAGAAUUGGAAAACUUUGAUCACUAAAAAAAGAGAUAUUGGGAUGAAAUUAAAAUAUCAUCAACCCCUAAAUUUAUUUUCUUGUAAUUGUUCUUUAACUGGCUUUUUUAAAUAUGAUAAAGAACUUUUAAAUUCUUCAAAAUUUGACGAAAUAUCGAUAUUACCAGAUUCAUUUAUGCAAACCGAAUCUGCUGAUUCUUUGUAUGGAUCAAUACCACUAUUUUUAAUUCCUCAAUCAUUAAUAUUCACAGAAUAUAAUUUAGAACCCGAACAAAUUUUAACUUACAAAAUCAAAUCUCCUAAAAAGUUGCCAACCGACUUACCACCUACAUAUCAACAAAACGGAACUUUUAACAUUGAGUAUAACUUUAAUUUUGAUGUGAUGAUUCAACAUAACAAUUGUUUACCGGAAAAGUUUAAUUAUUCAGUACCAAUUGUAAUUUAUCCAUUUCUGGAUAAACAAGGACGACAGCCAGUUUCAAAAUUAGAUAAUAAGAUGGUGAUUUUUGAACCUUUUACGGUUAGAAGGAUCGAUGAUCUAUCAGAUUAUUCAAAUACAUUGAGAUCUAGAAGGAGAAGUAGUUUAGGUAGUAUUGACCUUACAACAGGCAAAACCCCCGAUGGAACCCGCAGAAAUUCAUUGCUCUUAUCCAAUAACGGCGCAUCUUUCAAUGAAGAUUUGAUGAACUUGAAAAAUAAAUUUAAAGCAUUAGCAGAACAGUUAGAAAUUGGGGAACAAAGUAAUGAAGAUGUAUUAGUAUCCGAACUUUUCGAAUACCAAAAAAAUGAUUUUUUUUUAAAACAUCGCCACAAGCCAUUAAAUGAUAUGGCAAAUGAGUCAGUAAGAGGUAAUAUUAGAUACAUUUUUGAAAACAACUCCAUUAUUGAGUCCUUUAAUAGUGCAAGUUCAAUUUUUAAAAAAGAAUUCAUUAUUAACCGUAAUGCUGUUCCUUUAAUCAAAAUUCGCUUGAAUAAAAUAUGUUUUAGCACUACAGACGACAUUGAUGUUACUCUAACAUUUUUGGAUAACCCCAACUUUAAGCCUACCUCCGUGUUAUCAACUUUAGAAUCUUUUGAAAUCCUAAACCCUAACUUUGCAUUAUCUCCACCAAAUGACCAAGAAACUCCUAAUGGUUUUACCUGUUUUGAAAUUCAUUCAAUUUUGUUUGAUCAAUCUGAUUCAUUAUCAUUAAAGAUUAUUCCCUACGCAUCUACUGUUUCUAAUUUAAUAGCACCUCAAUUUAAGACAAACUUCUUUCAACUCAAGUAUAUGCUCAAAUUUAAAAUUGUUUUAGUCAAUAAAGACACAAAAUUAUUACAACCGUUAAUUGAUAGUGAUGAUAGAAAUGGAACAAUAUUAAGCUGUUUGAAGAAUUUAGAGGGCCAAGAAUUUUCAUUCUACAUACCUAUUUUAAUUCUACCAUCUUAUUGA